AAUGUUUUUAUUUAGAAGGAAAAAAAUGGCGGAUCCAGAAGAACCAAAAGCAGGUUCUUGUACGUUUCUGUUCAAAAAAUCUAGCAAAAAAUUCUCCGGACGAAAAAGAAAAGCAAGCGACAGUGAUAAAGACAGUGGCAGUGACGAGGAUCAGAGUGUUGUCAUCAGAAAAGAAAAGAAAGAUGCUCGAGUCAACCCUAUGAUUCAAAAGUCUAAAAGGGUAGAGAGGGAUGCUGUGUCUUCUAGUGAGAGCGAAGAUGACAAAGAAGACAAGAUCACGGUUGCUUACAAGUCCACGCGUUCAGCGAAACCAGAGGGACCCGAGGACAUGGGUGCCACUGCUACGUAUCAGCUGGACACAGAGAGAGACAAGGACGCCCAGGCUAUUUUUGAGAGGAGUCAGAAAAUUCAAGAGGAGCUGACAGGAAAAGAAGAUGAUAAAAUCUAUCGUGGCAUCAAUAACUACCAGAAGUUCAUUAAGCCUAAAGACACCACGAUGGGCAAUGCCUCGUCUGGCAUGGUCAG